AUUGCUGCAAGCAGCGGGUAUCGGCCAGCCGCCUGUCAGUGGUCUAGACAGCCGGAUAAGCUUUGGCGGCCCCCACAGCUUCCGCCACUAUUGGCCUACUGCAGAAAAUGGCGCGCCGUGCACGAGCCGCCUUACGCAAAGUGGAAAGCUACCCGCCGCAACAGGGAAAAACCCGUCGCUCAAUAAUUUCCGCGUUUUUCAUUUGCUACGGCACCCAUAGCUUGCAACCUGUAACAGGUCAACCGUUCACCACCCCCAAGCUCCUCUUCUCCUGCUGCUGCAGGUACCUUCCUCUUUUUCACCACCUCCAGCUCCCCUUUACUGAAGGCCUCCCAUUCAAUCGCUUGGAUGCGCCUGCGCCGCAGUGCGACUCUCGUCCAACAUUCGGCCGCAAUUAUCUCCUGACCGUGUACCUGCUUUCCAUUGCUGGUCCGAGAAAGACAACGCCGAUCAAGCUUCCGCAUUCUGCCGCCGAAAGUUUCUUAUUAUUGCGCAUACCAUCCAUCAGAAGGCAUCAAUUCCGGAGCCAAAAUUUGGAUGUGAAGAAAGUACUAUAUAAUUGUCAAAGAAAUUAUUCCCGUCGUGUCCCAGGACCCUGCUACCUCUGUCGUUGAGAAAUCUCUUCCGGUGUAUAUAUCGUGUCGCGAGCUAGAUUGCGAAGGAAUUUGUACAGAUCGUCCUUAUCCCGCCUUGUAUGGGGCGAUAAAAGCCGGCACAAUGAGAUUAUCCAUCACAAUUGUGCUUCUGCUGCUGUCGGCUGUCGUGGUUCUCGCGGGUCG